CGCUUCCCCCAGGCCAUCAUCGUGGGCGUGAAGAAGGGCGGGACGCGGGCGCUGCUCGAGUUCCUGCGGGCGCACCCCGGGGUGCGGGCGGUGGGCGCCGAACCCCAUUUCUUCGACAGGUGCUACGAGAAGGGGCUGCGCUGGUACAGGAGCCUGAUGCCACGGACCCUGGAGGGACAGAUCACCAUGGAGAAGACCCCCAGCUACUUUGUCACCAAGGAGGCGCCGCGGCGCAUCUACAACAUGUCCCGGGACACGAAGCUGAUCGUGGUGGUGCGGAACCCCGUCACCCGAGCCAUCUCGGACUACACGCAGACCCUCUCCAAAAACCCCUCCAUCCCCAGCUUCCAGGCUCUGGCCUUCAAAAACCUCAGCACGGGACUGAUCGACACGAGCUGGAGCGCGGUGAGGAUCGGGAUCUACGCCAAGCACCUGGAUAAUUGGCUGCAGUACUUCCCUCUCUCCAAAUUCCUCUUUGUCAGCGGGGAGAGGCUGGUCAGCGACCCUGCCGGGGAGAUGGGCCGUGUCCAGGACUUCCUGGGGCUCCAGAGGGUGGUGACGGACAAACAUUUCUAUUUUAAUGAGACCAAGGGCUUUCCCUGCCUGAAGAAGCCGGAGGGGGGGAGCAAACCCCGCUGCCUGGGGAAAUCCAAGGGGCGGCCGCAUCCCAAAAUCGACGGGCAGGUGGUGCAGCGCCUGCGGGAGUUCUACAGACCCUUCAACAUGAAGUUUUAUCAGAUGACAGGGCAGGAUUUCGGGUGGGACUGAGCCCAUCACCAGGGCACGCUGCCGGGCUGGCACCUGGGCUGCCAGGACUGCGGUCCAGGGAUGUCCGUGGUCAUCAUGGUCAAGGGAUCCCUGUGGUCAUCGUGGUCAGGAGAUGUCUGUGGUCAUCAUGGUCAAGAGAUCCCUGCGGUCAUCAUGGUCAAGGGAUCCCUGUGGUCAUCAUGGUCCAGGGGUGCCCAUGGUCACUGUGGUCAAGGGAUCCCUGUGGUCAUCAUGGUCAAGAGAUCCCUGUGGUCACUGUGGCCACCCCACCAGCACCCUCCUCCCUUCGUUCUAAUUUAUAUUGGACCUUUUCUGGCAAGAAAUGGACUUUUCUGGAGUAGAGAGAAAUAUUUAAGAAAUAAAACCAGAGAUGAGCCCUCUCCCCUCCCUGAGCAGAUUAAAUAUUCUUCCAUAUAAACCUCGCUGAUCUGCGUUAACUGGGAGCGCUCCGGGUGGGUUUGUGGGGUCAUGGAUAAAAGGAAACCUUUGGAAACCUCUGGGGCAGGCAGGCAGUGGGGUUUUGCUGGGGGUGACACAGUCAUCAGGGGACGGCUGGGCAGCAAACCCCAAUCCUGGGAGAUGUUUUGUAAAAGAGUCUGCAGGAAUUUCCCAGCUGAGCAAAACAAUGAAGAGCAGCAGUUCUGAAUAAAUGCCAGCUCCUGG